ACUGUGUAAUUCUGCUUGUUUAAAAUUACAGCGAUUAUUUAUGCGUGAUUUGUGAACUUUUAAAAUUAGGAAAUGAAUUAUUGGAAAUUAAUAUUACUGAUUGCUGUUGGGACGUUCUCCUUUAUAGAGUGGGGUGCUUCGCAAAACGUGGAAACUAGAAAUCACGUCAGGAUACAUACUGUGAGAACUGGGUCGAAUGUGAACCAGUUUGGGACUUCUUUAUUGAACCGAAAAUCAGUCAGCUCCACAGAAUUUUUCAUCGGGGCGCCUGGUUUUACUUCCAAUGCUGCGAGGUCUGGUAACAUAAGAGAAGGAGCGGUUUAUAAAUGCAAUGUUCCUGAUAAUGCUUUGGGCGACGUACAAUGUACGGACGCAAGCAGAAUUCCAGGAAUAGGUGAAAACGGAGCACUUGGUAUGGCGAUGACAAUGACCAGCGCGAGAGACAGCGUUGUUAUGUGCAGUCCGCAAUACAUGUUUUCCUGCCCCAACGCCGCUGUAUCGCAAAGACAAAUCGGCUCGUGUGUAAAAUACGACACAAGCAGUACUCUUAUAACCAAGUUAGAUUCACCAUGUCCGACUGUUUGUCCGCAAGGAAGUUCCCUUAUCGUCGAUAUCAUUAUUUUACUGGACGGUUCAACCAGUGUAUUCCCGUCCAACUUUGAACUUGGAAAGAGUUGGAUUAAAAAUCUUUUACAAUCUUUUAGCUCGGAUAUUGAUAAGCAUAAUGUUGUGGUUGGCCUGUACUCAUUCAGCAACAUUAUUAAACGUGAAAUCCCAUUAUCUGCUCGCACAUACUCAACACUUUCAGGUAUGAUUGAUGCUGUUCGUUACCCUUAUGGACAAACAUUUAUACACACCGCAAUCAACGAGGCCGUACAGGAAUACCAACGAGCAGGCAGAGCAUCGGUGCCGAAACUUCUCAUAGUUAUAACUGAUGGAGAAGCUACCGUACCAUCGGCCGUCGCACCGUCCGCUAACGCAGCAAGAGCUGCUGGUAUAAUUCUCACUGCCGUUGGAAUUGGAAGCUCGGUAAAUGAAAACGAACUCACAACAAUAGCUGGAGCUGCCGAGAGAGUUUUUCGUGUUAGCGAUUUUUCUAGCUUGGGAAGCAUUCUGGCUCCAUUGCAAAAAGUUAUUACAGAUUCCGGUUCUUCCUCUAUUGAAGGUUCGGGUAAAAACACCACAACCGAACUAACGCAAUGUCAGAUUGGUCUCGCCGCUCACGUUUCCAAGAAAAGUAACUUAUACGUUGGGGGGGUUGGGUCGUACGAUAGAGCCGGUACAGUAUUCGACUUUGUCGGCUCUUCUGGUAUUCCUACAAGCUUCACAGGAUCCAUAAAUGUAGACGAACUCAAAACUACAUUUGAACCUGAAACAAUUCAAUCGUUAAAAGAUUCUUACAUGGGUUAUUCGGUAACGAGUGGAAACUUUUUCGGAACUUCGAACGCAGAGUAUAUAGCUACAGGGGUGCCCAAGUACCAUUCAAAAGGAACAGUUGUAGUGUCUAAAUCCAACACACCGAUCACGUCCCAAAGUCAAGUGCAUUCAGUACACCCAUAUGGUUCAUUAUGGCAACUUGGGUCAUAUUUUGGGCAAAGUGUUCGCGGUAUCGACCUUAACAAAGAUUCCUAUGAUGACCUAGUUGUAUCUGCACCAUUGUACAACGAAGUUAACGGCUACGAUCAAGGGCGUGUAUUUAUUUUUAUGAACAACCUACAAAAUCCAGUUCUUGCUUGGUUAAACGAGACCUAUCAACCUCGAGUGCUGUCUGGAACUAAAGCGAGCGGGGCCCGAUUUGGAAUGUCGAUUGCUUCUGCUGGUGAUUUGGACCAAAACGGAUACGAAGACAUUAUUAUUGGAGCUCCAUACGAGGAAUCGACUUCUACCAGCAGCGGCGUGGUUUAUGUUUAUUAUAAUUCACAACUUGGACUCAAUGAAAUAAAUAGACAGAGAAUACCCGGUACAACUUUGAAAAGUUCAAUUCAGCAGUUCGGGUAUUCUGUACUUGGAGGAACUGCCAUACCCGUCGAUAUUGACAAUAACCAUUACCCCGAUGUUGUGGUCGGCGCACCGCGCAGCGACUCCGUGUUUUUGUUGAAAAGUCGACCGAUUGUUGACGUUCAAGCUACCAUUGAGCUGAUACCACCAGUGUUUGACGUCAUAAAUUGCUUGGCAGACGUCACUGCAUGCUCGACGGUCAAAAUUUGCAUCAAAGCUAAAUUUCGCAGAGAACACGCGCCAGCUACUCUUGCUAUGGAUCUAAGCACUGUUCUGGACUCAAAGAUUUUCGAUUCUCAGUCAAAACGAAUAACAUUUUUCGGGAAAACCACCAGCGUAGAAACGAAAACGUUAUCUGUUACUUCAACAUAUACAUGUUUUGUAUAUUCCGUAAAACUGAACACCAACGCCCUUGGAACGAGCGCCGGCGCAUUAGAAAUCUCUCCAACUAUAUCUUUCUCAUACGACUUUACCGCUGCCCACAAACAAGCCGUUUUAUCGGGAAUAAUUGAUCCGCUAAAAGAGAAGAAAAUUAGCGCGGAUUGGACAUUUAAUAAAAGUUGUUCUGGUACAAACGGAAAAUGCGUACACGACCUUUCAGUGUCAGCGACUUAUUCCAUAAGAACCGAUAACUCGGUUCUAGUUCUUGGUGCCAACCCUGGAAUACUCUCAGUUGGGAUAACAAUCCGAAACAACGGACCUGACAAUGCAUUUUUCACAAGACUUAAUAUAACAUCGGGCUCUCUUGCCUUCAGUAAGACUACCGGAUCUUGUAUUCGAACUGUAAGCUCUGAUGUUGUUUCUGGGAUACUGGUGCUGUCAUACCAACGUACUGCAUCUGUUCUAGGGGAUAUGAUGCUUGCAAACACCAUGUGCCAAUUUACCGUUGAAUAUUCCCUAGACUCCUUGACAAGUAAAGCAACAUCAAAACAACUGCAGUUGAAUGGAAUAAUAUAUUCAAAUGCUGGUGGUGUUGCUGUCGCAUCAGACCCAAACUUGCAAAACAACAAAUUUGAGUUGAAACGAACAGUACAAUACUCAUCUGCUGUGUCCGUGAGCGGGCAAUCCAACCCGGAUUAUUUGUUCUACGAACGAUCCACCGAACCCAAAGUAGCUUACACGUUAACAGAUGCUGUGCUGGGGGGUAACCGUACAAAUAUUGUCCAUACGCACAUGAUAGAGAAUGGCGGACCUCUUCGUGUCGCAAAACUUUUAACGACGUUUACUUGGCCAGAAGCGACCAAAGCAGGACUUCCGUUGCUUUAUAUUUACGACAUUCAAUGUUUGCCGGCUUCUAAGUGCACGUGUGAUACAGCAAACAAAAUCAACUCACUCGGUUUGCACGUUAAUAUAUCUCGAACAACGCCAAUCGAUUUAACUUUUCCUGAAGCAACUACGAUACUCCCAUCCAUUGUUAACUGCGCAGGCGUAAUAUGCAAAAGUAUCUCAUGUUCGAUUUCUCAAUUGGAACCUUUUAAAUCAGUAACACUCACUGCUUCAUUCAAGCUGUGGCUUCCUUCACUGAACAAUAAACUGCUCGUAACAAACCUAAGAAGCUUAUUGAAUGUAAAUGUUGAAAACGAACCAAUCUACCCGAAUGCAAAUCUCCUUAGCACAGUGAGCACGACGGUAUCGGUUAAGCUACCAGUCGCCACUGGGCAAGGAAAUAACGCAGUGAACUUGGGAGCCAUUAUUGGUGGAAUAUUGGGCGGAAUCGCAUUGCUUUGUAUUAUGAUUGCAGUCAUGUGGAAGGCUGGGUUUUUCAAAAGCAAAUAUGGUGAAAUGAAGCGAGAUGCGAUGAGAUCGAGUCUUCGAGAUGCAAAUGGCGAUCUCGGUAGAAGUACAGACGAUUUGGUCGAUUCGCCAUACGAGCUGGCAAUAAACUGAUACCUCGGCAAUUUUGAUGACCGGUUUUGUAAAAAAAAAAUUGUACAUCUUUCGUAAAUGUACAGCACAGCUUGAGACAAAUAGCAAUAAACUGAUAUUUCUGCACUUUUGAAACCAGUUUCAUAAAUAUUUUUGUACGCCUUUUAUAAAUGUAAAUAAACAGCUUGAGCAAAACGAUGUCCAAAAUGGGGCUUUGGAAUAAAUCAGACAAUAGACCAAUGUAAAAAAAGGCUCGUCGUUGCUACCAUUGUGGGCGUAUGUGUCCUUGGGCAAGACACUUAACGGCAAUUCUCCAACCCAGUGGUCACUAAUGGGUUGUAUAAAUCAGUCACAGAAAAAACACACAAAUACGUGUAAAAUCAUUAGCGUGUACGAGGUGUAUGAAACUAAAAACUCGUACUGUAAUGAUGGUCAUAAUCUGGCGUAGCAAAAAGUUCCAAUCAUUCGUUUUCGUCCGAAUUUUUUCAAACUUGUUCAAAAUUAUAUCAGUGAUUUAUUCGACGAAAAUUGUUGUAAAAAAAAUGCGUGCCAAAGGUGCCAUACGUGCGUCUAAGUCGAUAAAACUCGAAUUCAUAAAAACAAAGAACCGUGACUGCCCGUCACAAAAGAUAUGCGAAACAUUGAAUCAUAAAAUUCAGUAUUACAAGACAGUUUCGUAGUUUUCGUGCAGCAAAUUUGAAGGAAAACACUGCUCAGAAAAAUACUUGCAGCUGUUUAACUGCUGCCUAGUAUAAUAGUAUUUAACCAAUAUAGUACUGUGGGGUAAGACGGGACACUUUUGGCGCAUAAUAUCCGAAUAUUAUGAACGUGUUUUAAACAAAUAACAACGGUCUAUGGAAGUCGUUAUGGUAAGGUUUUAUAAUUCUUUGAAUGUUCUUUGUUUACUACCAAAUGGGAUCAGAAAAUAGAAUAAAAAGGUGUCCCAUUUUCCCCCACUAUUCUAUAGUAAAGAAAAAGCCAUAAUCCGAUGAUUUAAUGCAAAACGUCUAUUGCAACAUAACAUUGUGUUGCUUGAUAGUGCAUACUUAUACAGAACAGUGUGAUGGAAAAGUACUACGAUAGAUUUAUCAACUUUUCGCCCAGAAAGUUGAAUAAAU